CCGCUCCCGGGCGCCGCUAUAAAGGGGCCGCGGCCCGACGGCCGCUCAGCCCCCGCCCGGCGCCCACCAUGGCCACGCGGGCCCUGCUGCUGCUGCUGCUAAUGCUGCUGCCGCCGCCGCCGCCGCUCCGGGGCUGCGCCGCGCGCCCCGCGCCCCCCAGGGCCCCGCGACACUCGGACGGAACUUUCACCAGCGAGCUCAGCCGCCUGCGGGAGAGCGCGCGGCUGCAGCGGCUGCUGCAGGGCCUGGUGGGGAAGCGCAGCGAGCAGGACACAGAGAACAGCACAGCCUGGACCAACUCUGCGGAGGGCCACCUCUGCCUGCUGUGGUCGGACGCGCCCACCCUGCAGGCCUGGAUGCCCCUGAGGCCCCCCGAGGAUCAGGCCUGGUCUCCCCAGAUGCCUCUUGGACUGAGGGCUGGGGUCAUGCUGUCAGAGCCGGCCAUCCCUGCUGCUGAGGGGAUGCAGAUGAGGCCCUGAGGAAGAAGGAACCUCCCAAGGGGAGCCUG